AUGGCAUUUGACCCUUCAAACGACAUCCCCGCCCUCACUAAUAAAGUCAUCGUCGUCACUGGCGGCAGCGAGGGUCUCGGCAAACAGACCAUCCAGCAGCUGGCCCAGCACUCGCCCGCAAGGAUCUACCUCGCCGCACGCAACCCGACGAAAGCCGAAUUGGCCCUGCAAGAAAUCCAAUCUAACGUAGGACCCGACUGUGCCCCAGUCUCUCUGCUCACGCUGGACCUCGCCUCGCUGAACUCGGUCAAAGCCGCGGCGGCGGAGGUGCUUGCCCAAGAAACCCGACUCGACAUCCUGAUCACGAACGCCGGCAUCAUGGGCGCCAAGGGCGUCACACAAGACGGAUAUGAGAUGCAAUUCGGGGUCAACCACGUCGGCCACGCGCUAUUCAUCCGGCUGCUCCAGCCGCUGCUCCAGAAAACCGCAGCGCGCGAGGACGCCGCACCUGGCGAAACACGCUGCGUGGUGCUGGCCUCCGAAGCGGAGAAGUUCGCUCCUCGGACGGACCCCUAUCCGUUCGAGAAGCUGCGCGGCCCCUGCGAUGACCUCUCGGCCUUUACGCGCUACGGCAUCAGCAAGCUGGCGAACCUGCACUACGCGGCGCAGCUGGCCCAUAGGUACCCCGAGGCCGAGACAGGCGUGCGCUUCGUCUCCCUACAUCCCGGCGCCGUCAUUACAAACCUGGGGGAUCUGAUGCGCGGGUGGCCGCGCACCGAGAAGAUCAUGCGCAAGGUGGCCGCCCUAGUACUCGGUAUGGUGCCCGUCGAACGGGGCGCCUGGGGCCAACUAUGGGCGGCGACCUGGCCGGUUGGCAAGCAGACGGAGCAACUGGGGGAGCCUAAGGAGGGAACGUUCUACUGGCCGGUGGGGGUGGAAGGUAAAGGCAGCAAAUUGGCGUAUGACGAGGGAAAAGCGAGGGAGUUGUGGGAGUGGACGGAGAAAGAGCUGGAACCGCACCUUUCGUGA